AUGGGAUUCACCCAGCAUCUGGUUGUUUUUCUUGAGCCCUGUACGGGAUCAUUUCUCCAGUUGUUUGUGACUUGUGUUGUGGUCGUGAUUGUAUAUGGGUUCGUUUUGGGGACAUAUCGUAUCACUUUGCAUCCGUUGGCUAGGUUUCCAGGCCCCAAGCUGGCGGCUUUCACACAAUGGUACGAGACUUACUAUGAAUUCUUUAAAAAGCCUGGGGGACAGUUCUUGUUCCACUAUCGCAAGCUUCACGAGAAGUACGGUCCAAUUGUCCGUAUCAGUCCCUUCGAGAUUCACAUCCAAGACUCGUCCUUCUUCGAGGAAAUGUUUUCGCAAUCGUUGCCCUGGGAUAAGCCAAAACAUCUAGAGCACCGAUUCAACAACUCAACCGGUACAUUCCCGACCCCGAAGCAUGAGAUCCAUCGCCAUCGACGCGCCGCACUGAACCCCUUUUUCUCCAAACGUACCAUUGCGACCGCUGCACCGAUGAUGCAAGACCAGCUCACGAAGCUUUGUAAUCGCCUUCGUCGAGAGUAUCAGGGAACUGGAAAGGUGCUGCGGCUCGAUUGGAUGUGGGGGUGUAUUGCGUCGGAUAUUGUAGUUCGGUACUGUUUCGAUCGAGGGUACGGAUUUCUUGAGGCUCCUGAUUUUGAGUCGCCAUUUAUUCAGGCUCUGUUUGAUCUGCUGAAUGACGUGCAUUUGGUCACUCAGUUUCCCUGGAUUGCGACGGUUUUCAAUGCCCUACCGGAGAGCAUAGCCGAGGCCUUGCAGCCGGGAUUGCGAUCGGUGAACCACUACAACAGGGAAAUGGCCAAGCAGAUAUCAGACAUCCUUGACAACCAAGCCGACUCCAAGACACCUGACCAGAAAACAGUAUUCAACGCAUUGCUAGAAUCCGACCUGCCCUGCGAAGAAGUCACUCUGACUCGUCUACAACACGAAGCUAUCACGGUGAUCGGAGCUGGUUUUGAGACCACCAAGUACGCGUUGAGUGUAGCUAGUUUUCACAUCGUCAACACGCCGAGUAUCUACCGACGAUUGCGUCAGGAACUGGAAGCCGCAAUUCCAGAUCCGCACAAUAUUCCUCCAUUGAGUGAGCUGGAGAGACUUCCCUAUCUGACUGCCUGUAUCCAAGAAUGUAUCCGCAUGUCCUACGGCGUAGCUCAACGCGCCUCUCGCAUAUCUGACACAAUCACCCUCAGAUAUAAGUCCUACAUAAUCCCCAGGGGGACGGUAAUCAGCAUGGACAACUACUCUAUUUCCCACGAUGAAAGCAUUUUUCCUGAUUCAUAUACAUUCAAGCCCGAGCGGUGGCUGAACGAUCCCAUCGCCCCGGAUGGGAAAAAACUCACGCGGUAUCUGGUAUCCUUUGGACGGGGGACACGUUCAUGUCUGGGAAUCAAUCUGGCGUAUGCGGAGAUGUAUAUUUCCAUGGCGAAUGUAUAUCGGAGUUUUGAAUUUGAGUUGUUCGAUACGGAUCGGGAUGCGGUGGAUUGUUAUCGGGAUAUGUUUUUGCCGCAUGCGAAGCCUGGGACCAGGGGGGUGAGGAGGUUCCUUCCAGCGGCAUUUCCCCCGAACACAAAUCCGAGUGACAACAACACAGACAGCAACAAGCGUAUCCAGAUCGCUCGCGGGAUUACAUUCGUAAAGACCCGAAUCAACGUGCUACUUGUCGACCAUGUCUUCUGGCCGACCACUUCCUCCGCAGCAUCCUCCCCCUUCGAGAAUCCCAAGGUCGGCGUAGUGGGGACCAACAAACGAGUCCGUCGCACAGACAAACGCUUCAAUAUCCGAUCGUUCUGGAACAUGCUAGGGGCAUUGUAUCUGGGCGCCAUAAUUUCGAAAUUCGAGCCACGAACGCCAUUGACGGAGAUGUCUUUGUUGUAUCGGGUGGACGUCGGCCCAUUCCUCGAUCCUCCAACGUCCUGA